CAAGGCGGUCUUCAGAUAGUUGUUGACGCAAAAUUAGAAUUACAUCUGAUAAACAAUGGAAUAAUGCAUUAAUAAUUUAUUUCUGAGCGAAGUGUAGUUGUGACUUUCAAUGGAGCCUUCAAAAGAAGCGAUCGCUGUGCGGAUCACGCGAUUGAACCGCCAAAUACUAGGCAAGGUGAUUGGGGCUACAAGUAAACUAAACAAAAAGAUAUUAGACCGUGAGACUCUCCUGGAUGCUCUCACGGUUCUCUACGAUGAAUGCAAUGAUGAUCCUGUCAAGAAAAGUGAUGAAUUGGUUAGGGCUUUUGUCGACAAAUAUCGCAGCACUCUGGCUGAUCUACGUCGAAUGCGUGUCAGUUUGUCGGACUUUGAAAUACUUCAAUCAAUAGGCCGUGGACACUUUGGUGAAGUACAUAUGGUUCGAGAGAAGGAGACUGGUGAUGUUUAUGCAUUGAAGACAUUACGAAAAGAGCAGUCUCGCAAACAGAGGACUGGGGCUGCGGAAGAUGAACGGGAUGUGCUGGCAACCGCCAAUAGCCCCUGGAUACCCCGGUUACAGUAUGCUUUUCAGGACAAUAACAACUUAUACCUUGUUAUGGAGCUCUGCCUGGGUGGAGACCUGGCAGGACUCAUGUCCCGAAGGAACCAUCCGCUAUCGGAGCGCGACGCCGCCUUCUACGUGGCGGAGGUGGCGCACGCGCUGAAGGCAUUGCACGCCAUGGGAUACGUGCAUAGAGAUGUCAAGCCACAUAAUAUAUUGUUGGACCGAUGCGGCCACGUGAAGCUCGGCGACCUGGGCUCGUGCAGCCGCCUGAGCGCGGGCCCGCCGCCGGCCGCCACGCCCGACUACGCGGCGCCCGAGCUGCUCGCGGCGGCCGCGUGCGAGGCCACGCACGCCGGCUGCCUGCAGGCCUGUCGCGGGCUCGCCAACGCUUACAUUGCAGCAGUGGAUUAUUGGUCGCUGGGCGUGGUCGCAUUUGAACUAGUGACCCUGCGACGUCCGUUCUCUUCUGGGGAAGAAGAUUCCGUGGCUAAAGUACUUAGCAAUAUACAACAAUACGAGCGUGAUCCGUCAUCGGAACCACCGUUCGAGGCGCCGCCUAACGGCCCGUCGUCAGAAUGGCGCAGUCUGGUGUCAGGAUUGCUACGGGUGCAGCCGUCGCGGCGGUACUCCUACCUCGACACACUACGGCACCCCGCACUGGCUCAUACUGCGCCACAUAACAUACGCGAUCAGGUGCCGCCAUGGGUGCCGUGCGUUCGCGGCGCGGAAGACGCUUCAUUCUUGGCGCGCUGUGAGAGGGAGCCGCGGCCGCCCGACGCCGCCCCGUUCCGCGCCAGACCGCCGUUUGCGGGACAACUGCCCUUCGUCGGAUAUUCAUUUGUGGCUCCGGAUGAAAUGGAAGAAAGCACAAUGAGCAGCGGAUUUAACGCAUCGCAUGAUUGUACAGCAAUUGACCUUGCUACUUUCAAGUCAGCGGAGAAGCUAGCGGCGAUGCGCGGGCGCGAGGUGAGCUCGCUGCAGCAGCAGCUGGCGGCGGCGGCGGCGGGCGCGGCGGCGGCGGCGGCGCGCGCGCGGCGGGAGGCGGACGCGGACGCCGAGCGCAUGCGCGCGCGGCUGCAGGCCGACAUCACCGCGCUCACGCUGCAGAACAGACGUCUAGAGCGCCAAAUAGAAGUCGAAAAAGAGGAGCGCAUGGCCCUCGAACGCACCAACCAAGAAUUGAACAUUCACAAUACAGAACGAAACAACGCCGCCGUGGCCGAAUUGGAGAGGGAGCGGGACGUGCUGAAGGAGGAACUGCGGGGGGCGGAGGCUCAGAACAGGGAGCUGCAGGCCGAGUGCACGCGCGCGCUCGCGGCGGCCGACACCGCGCGACUGCAGCAGCGGCACUACAAGGAUAUACUAUCGCACGUGCAUGAUUUACGGCAUAGAAGACUGACCGAAAUCAACGUUCGCCCAAUUGACACAAUAGCAAAAGAGCGUGCCCUACGUCGUCAAACGCUGAGCGGCGGGGACGAGGCGCGAGAGGUGGCGACUCGCCUCGCCUCGGCCGAGGCCGCGCUCGCCAGGGAGACGCGAGGCCGCGCGGAGGCAGAGGCGCGCCUCGCCGGCCUCGACGCUGACAACGUGACGCUGAGAGCGGAGAACGACGCGCUGAAGACUGAUAACGCAACGCUUCAGAGAGACCUUGAUGCUACGAGGAAGGAACUUCUUGAGUAUAAGAACUGUUGCUUGGAGAAGCAGCGUGUGUCGGAUACAUGCGGCGAGCAACUGAGAAUAGCUCAACAAGAGCUGGCCCAGGAGCGUGUUCGUGUCUCCACGCUCACGGCACAAGUACAGGAGCUAGAACGUAGCGUAGAGGAGGCGGCGCGGCGCGAGUCGGCCCUGGAGGAGCAGUGCGCGCGCACCGAGGCGCGGCUGCGCGAGCGGCUGGACGACGCCGAGGCGCGCGCCGCGGCCGCCCUGCAGGACGACGGCAGGCAUCGGGAGAAGGUAACAACAUUAGAGCAACUGGUGCGUCGUCUGGAACGCGAAGUGAGCGCAUUAGAACGCCGCGUGUGUCCGGAGUGUACGGCGCGAGCGAACGAGCGUCGCGAGCAACCUGAGCAUUCCGAGCAUCGCGAGCAAGCCGAGCAAACGCCGCGAGCGAGCAAGCAUGACAAGAUGGCGGCCGAAGCGUUCAGUGAUACGGAGAGCGUGGGAGAUGGAACGCAUGUUAACGCGCAGUUGACUCUGCUCAGAGAACAAUUGGAACGAUCUGAAGCGGCCUUACAGGCUCGUGCUGACGAAAUUGCUUCCCUCAAACAAGAGGCUCGAACUGCUAAUUUAGCGAGAUGGAGAAAAGAAAAAGAAUACAGCGAAUUGUCUUUAGAAGCGAAAUCCACUGCGCGCGAACUAAAAAGAGUUGAAGAGCGUUUGUCAGCCGUACUUGAGGGGAAGAAGACUGCCGAGAAGAAAGUGGUCGAACUGCAGAGUGAGAUAGCCACAUUAAAGCCGCAGUACGAGCGAGCGAGCAAGGACGCUCAGAGGUUGCAACAACAGUUGGAGAAGCUGCAGAAGACGCUCGACACUGCUCAGGCUGAGGUGGACAGGUCCCGUAACGACAUUCGCAAGCUGAAGAGCGAACUGACAUACAGCGAGAAACGGCGCCUCCACGCGGAGGAACAAGAGGAGAUCUCGAGCCGGGAGCGCGCGCUCACGCGGGAGGAGCUCCACCAACUGCGGGCGCGCGCCGACGAGUUGGAGCAGAACAACAGGGGGUUGCAAGAAGCAUGCAGCUUGUUGGAGGAGCAGUUGACGGACUUGGAGAAACUUGCUGAUCAUCAUGAACUCAAGAAUAAAGAUCUAGAGACUGAAACCCAACGUCUACGCAGCGAGCUAUCAUCAUGUCGGUCUAAGCUAUUGGAUGCUGAGAAACAGUCGUCUCAGUGCGCGGCCGAGCUCAGCCUCGUGGCGAGGCAGCACCACGAGGCGCGCGACGAGGCCGUGCAUGCUACCUGUCAGAUCAAACUGUUGCAGGAGCGCCUUCAAAGCCGUGAUGAUCGCGUGUCAGAGUUAGAAGCUCGCUACUUGGAGUUAGAGAGUGCGCACUCGGCCCGCGAGGCGGCGUUGUCGUCGGCGGCGCGGCGAGUGCGCGAGUUGCAGGAGGAGGCGGCCGCGCUGCGCACGAGGCUGCACGAGGAACAUGCGCGCGCGAUGCAGCUGCAGGCGCAACUUGCCGAGACACAGGAGGAGCUGUCGUGCGCGCGCGAGGCGGCGGCGGCGGCGGCGGCGUGGUGGCGCACGCGGGAGACCAAGGCCGACGCCACGCUGCGGCAGCAGGCCAAGCUGAUCGACUUCCUGCAGGCAAAAGUAGAAGAAGCCGGUCGUAAGAAGUGCUCCCUGAGCAACAAGCUAUUCGGACGCUCCGGCCGCAGGACGCCCGCUUCGCCGCCGCUGAGGAGAGCUAACCGGGAAUUACGCGAAGAAGUAGAAAAAUUACGAGCAAAACUGUCCGCACUCAAUGGAGAAGACUGUCCUCCUACGCCUAGAAGAGAAAAACCUAAAUCGAAACGACUUAGUGGACGAAAGAGCAUGGAAUCGGCUAAUGGCGAUCAAGAUGAUAUGGUGACAGUAGUGUGGUCGGACGGCAGCCGCGAGUCGAUGCGGGCGCAGUUGUCUGACGGGCUCCUGCAGCUGCGGCCCGCGGCGGGGCUCCGGUCGCGGCCGCUGCGGGCGCGCCUCGCCGCCGAGCGGGCCGCGCAUCUGGCGCACGGGGACGCCGGCCGGGCAUUCAUGGUGAAACUAGAAGAGUCUCCACGCGACAGCGAAGUAGCAAUAGUCUGCAAUACUGUGUCGGAGCGCGCGAGCUGGAUCUCGAGACUGAACCCGGGCCCCCUCGCCACGCGGCCCUCCGCCGGCUUUACGGGGCGGACGCUGUGCCAACAUCGGGUGCCACCCAAUACUGCGUUGUACUUGGCGGAUGAUGCUGUACUUAUUGGCGGUCCCGAAGGUCUGUUUUCGCUGCGCGGCGAAAUCCACAUCGAGUGCGGGCGCUCCACAGACGUGUCGUGCCUGGCUCUGUGCGGGGCGCGCGUGCUGCUGGCGGCGGCCGGCGCCUGGCACGCGGGCUGCGCCGCUCUGUGCUCGACGGCGCGCCGCGCGCCGCAGCUCCAGCCUGAGGCGGCGUUCUUGCCGUUGGCGCUGCCAGAUUCUACGCCGCCACAUCUGCUUACAGCAAUGUAUGGCGAAAACAUAGAAGUCCCUAGCGCUGCAGUGGCCUGCAGUCGCCGCGUGUUCCUCCUGCGUUUCGAUGCGGCCAGCACCGAGUUCAAGCUGUCUCGCUCGCUCACCGUGGACCGCGCCCCGCACUCCCUGCUCCUCACCGCGCGCGCCCUCUACAUCGCCGGCGAAAAACCUCUCAAAAUCAACCUUCCCUCCGGCGCCCUGGAGGCCUUCGCUAUCGACGAACCAAUCAUAGCGGCCGCUGCGAGAAAACACUCCCCUCCAAAAGCGAUAUUACUUAUUCGAGAAAACCCUGUCGAAAUUCUCCUAUGUUAUGCCGAACUGGGAGUAUUCGUCGAUGAGAACGGAAAGCGGACGCGAAACGAAGAUCCCAAGUGGAGCGCGGCCGUGCACGCGUGGGCGUUUGUACACCCAUUCCUGUACGUCAUAGGAGAAGACAGAGUCACCGUCGUGUAUCUCACGGAGGAGGUCUACAGAGCCCCGCCGUGCACGUGCGACACCACAUCUUUAGCGUCAAGCACGUCCGAUUGCUACAUGCCGCAAAUAUUCAACGUGAAAAUGAAAGAACCUUAUUUACUUGGAACGACGCCUACUGGAGUGAUAUUACGGUCAAAGGACGAUGAGAAAUACAACGUUAUUCUUUUGGAAGGAAUGGCCGCUUUUAGGAGCAUCGGUGCAUCCGUAGAAUCAUUAGAAACCAAUUCUGACAUGAAAAGUUCAAUGACAGAUUUAACGCAAUCCAUAACAGAUUUAUCAGAAGGACGUCCAUCUGCGGGGCAUGAUACUUCACAAGUUUCACAGGAGAGCAUCGAGGAAACGUCUGGAUUUCUAGCCGAUAUAAGAAAAAGAGCGCAUCAAUUACGUAAUAAGAAUCGUAAGGAACAGACUUCACACGGGACUUCAGACGACGUUAUAAAAAAGAUUUUAAUGACAGAGGUGGGGAUCAAACGCGUGUCUAACGGAAGAAAAUCUCCUGAAACUUCAUCGGAGUUUGACUCUGAUUCCACCGAGACUGACGAGCAGAAAUCAAAGGAUACAGCGGACGUCUGCGCUGAAAUGUUUACGCAAAAAGUCCGUUUUAAGCAGUGAUGACAAAAUAUUAUCACCCAAAUACUCAAAUAACUACGUCAUAAUAAUGUGAUGUUUGCCGACACAUACCAGUUUGAAAGCCUUUAGCAGUAUAUAUUUUAAAAUCUUGCCCAUUUUAAGAUCAAUUUGAAAAACAAACUAUAGAAUCUAGAAUGUUAAUAUUUUAAUUGCUCAAUUAUAUUUUAUUGACUUAGUAAAUAUAUUGUUAUAAUAAUAUCAGUUCAGUCACAAUAAAUAGAUUGAUGGUUCUAUGUACUUAUCAACAAUACAUUCCGAUACAGAUUAAUAAUUAACGAGUAUUUUAAUAUUUUAACCGUCAUGUAGCAACAAUAAGGCCUUGUAAGCAACUGCAUUUGUAAGUAUUGAUAUUGGUUGUACUGAUUACACCACUUUUACUGUGAUUUGAUACUUAAUUUUGUGUUUAGAUUUAGUUUAGUUGGUAAACGUAUUUAUUUUAGUUAUUAUUUAGGUGCAAAGCCAGGCACGUUCGUUAUUAGUAGUGCUAAUAAUAAUUUAAGUGAUGUUUUUAAG